AUGUUAUAUUUAAUCCUAUGCUUCCUUUUGGGCUUCUUCAACUCUUCAUUGCUAUCCCUUUCUUUGUCUCUUCCUCCAACACAUUUAUGUCGUCCCGAACACAGUUCUGCAUUGUUGAAAUUCAAGAGAAGCCUUUCCCUUUCCUAUAGUAUUUGCCUACAAGAACUUCAAAUUCCUUCUUUUCAUGAGACGGAAUCUUCGGAUGAAGGUACUGACUGUUGCAAAUGGAAGGGUGUGGUGUGUGAUAACAAGAAAGGCAAUGUGGUCGGCCUUGAUCUCAGUAGUAGUGGACUAAUUGGUUCUCUCCAAUCAGACAGUUCCCUCUUCUCACUUCAAAACCUUCGAUGGCUCAACCUUGCCGGAAAUGAUUUCGGCAACACUGAAAUCCCAUCUGAAUUUGAGACAAGGUUUUCAAAAGGGUUACCCGGCUCAAUUGGUAACCUUAAACACUUGAAAACACUCAGCCUUUUUCAUUGUGUUUUUACGGGGUUCAUCCCUUCAGCACUUGGAAACCUCACAAAACUCACCUUCUUGGAUAUCUCAGGCAACAUGUUUCAAGGGCAAAUUCCAGAUGUUUUUGGGAACUUAAAUGAUCUAAGUUCCAUGGAUUUUUCCUUUAUCAAUUUCAGCGGUGUCUUCCCAUUAUCAGCAUUUAACCUCACCAACCUUACUUACAUGAAAUUCUUUGGGAAUUUCCUUCACGAUACUCUUCCCAACAACAUAAGUGGACUUUCGUAUCUACGAGAACUCUACUUAAAUGCAAACUUGCUUACUGAUAGAGUGCCAGGUCUGUUCUUUCGUCUACCAUCUUUGGAGCAUCUAGACCUCAGCUCUAACAAACUUUAUGGUCCCAUUGACACAAUCCAAGAGCCCAAUCUACUCCGAUUUGUUUAUUUAUCAUAG